AUGCCGGUUCCUCAAUCUUCGAUUUUGCCGAUGAUUGACAUUGGCAUAAAUCUGACGGACAACAUGUUCCACGGCGUGUACAAUGGCCGGAAGAGGCAUCCAGCGGACCUUGACGCGGUGCUUGCACGCGCAGUUUCGGUUGGCGUGCGCUGCCUUCUUAUUACAGCGGGAUGCCUGAAGGAAAGUUUUGAGGCGGUUGAACUGUGUAAAAGGUACAACUCGAAAUCUUUACAGUGCUAUUGUACCGUUGGCUGUCAUCCGACUAGGUGUGGUGAGUUUGCCGAGGAUCCCGAAGGGUACUACGGCAAACUGAGGGCUUUAGUGGCGGAGCACACGGUGGGGAAGGAGGGUGGAUGUGUCGCAGCUAUUGGCGAAUUGGGCCUGGACUAUGAUCGGCUAUUUUUCUGCGAUAAGUCGGUGCAGAUGCAUUACUUUGUGAAGCAGUUGGAGCUUGCGGAGGAAUUUCAGCUGCCACUUUUUCUGCACGACCGUAACACCGGAGGGGAUUUUUUUCAUGUUCUUGCGCAACAUCGUCACCGCUUUAAAGGUGGGGUUGUGCACAGUUUUACCGGAUCCAAGGAAGAAAUGGAGAGGCUGUUGGAUUUGGGACUUUUUAUUGGUUUGAAUGGAUGCAGCUUGAAGACCGAUUAUAAUAUUGCCGUUGCGAGGUCCGUGCCACUGGAUCGACUUAUGAUUGAGACGGAUGGACCAUGGUGCGAGAUCCGAAAUACACACGCCUCACACAAGUUUCUGCAGGAUGCGGCCAAGUGCAAUGGGGUGUCAGAUGCGCUGCUUAAACCUUAUCCCAUGUGCCGCAAGGAAAAGUUUCUGGAGGGGGCAAUUGUGAAGUCGCGGUGUGAACCGUGUCACCUGGUGCGGGUGUUGGAGGUGCUCUACAGCCUUCACCGCGAGGAAGUAACGUCCCUUGAGAGUUUUGCUGUCAUGAUCUACAACAACACUCGAAAGCUCUUUCCUUUUCGACCACACGAUGUGGAUUUGUAG